ACUAGCCCGGCCCCGGCGAGCGCCCGCCACCUGCCCGGCGCCGCCCGCGCCCGCCCCCGCCGCGCCUCAACUUGGAUGGAGUUGGGGUCCUGAGCGCCCGCCGCCUGCAGCCGGCCGAGGAGAGCCCCGCGCCGCCGCCUCGGGUCCGGGACCCCCGCUCCGCUGCUCUUCGCUCCCGCGAUGGGAAAAGUUGGCGCCGCCGGCGGCUCCUCAGCCCGCCUGAGCGCGCUCCUCGCCGGCGCGGGGCUCCUGGUCCUCUGCGCCCCGGGCGCGGGCGGCGGCGGCUCCUGCUGCCCCCGACUGCGCCGCGGCUCGCCCCCAGCCUGGGUUCCGACCCCAGGGGGCUUCUCCCAGCAGGGGCCGCGAGGCAGGGCUGCUGCCACGCCCCUGCCCCUGCCGGGGCGCCCCCUGUUCGCCGUGGCCCCGGGAGACCGGGCGCUCUCCCUGGAGCGGGCCCGGGGCACCGGGGCCGCCGCGGCGGCUGCUCCGCGCUCGGGCCGGAGGAGACGGAGCGGAGCGGACGAGGAGCCUGCGGAGAGGCGCGAGGCUGCGAGCAGAAGCCCCCGGGGAGCGCUGAGGGAUGGGGGGCCGCAGAAGCCCGGGACUCCGGAGCGGGACCCGGACAAAGCCACGCGCUUCCGCACGGAGGAGCUGAGACUGACCAGCACCACGUUCGCGCUGACCGGCGACUCCUCGCACAACCAAGCCAUGGUCCACUGGUCUGGCCACAACAGCAGCGUGAUCCUCAUUUUGACAAAGUUCUAUGACUAUAACCUGGGGAGCAUCACCGAGAGCUCACUUUGGAGGUCAACUGAUUAUGGGACAACCUAUGAGAAACUGAAUGAUAAAGUUGGAUUGAAAACAAUUUUGAGCUAUCUCUACGUGUGUCCUACCAACAAGCGUAAGAUUAUGUUACUCACAGAUCCGGAGAUUGAGAGCAGUUUAUUGAUCAGCUCAGAUGAAGGGGCAACCUAUCAAAAGUACCGACUGAACUUCUACAUCCAGAGCUUGCUCUUCCACCCCAAGCAAGAGGACUGGAUUCUGGCAUACAGCCAAGACCAAAAGUUAUACAGCUCUGCUGAAUUUGGGAGAAGGUGGCAGCUUAUCCAGGAAGGGGUUGUACCAAAUAGAUUCUAUUGGUCAGUGACGGGGUCGAACAAGGAACCAGAUCUUGUGCAUCUCGAGGCCAGAACUGUGGAUGGUCAUUCGCAGUACCUGACGUGCCGAAUGCAGAACUGCACAGAGGCCAACAGACACAGACCCUUCCCCGGCUACAUUGACCCCGACUCUUUGAUUGUCCAGGAUGAUUAUGUGUUUGUUCAGCUGACGUCAGGAGGACGGCCACAUUACUACGUGUCCUACCAGAGGAAUGCGUUUGCCCAAAUGAAGCUGCCCAAAUACGCUUUGCCCAAGGACAUGCAUGUGAUCAGCACAGACGAGAACCAAGUGUUCGCAGCUGUUCAAGAAUGGAACCAGAACGACACAUACAACCUCUACAUCUCAGACACCCGGGGUGUUUACUUCACCCUGGCCUUGGAGAACGUCCAGAGUACCAGAGGCCCUGAGGGCAAUGUCAUGAUCGACCUCUAUGAGGUAGCAGGGAUAAAGGGAAUGUUCUUGGCUAACAAGAAGAUUGACAACCAGGUGAAGACUUUCAUCACAUAUAACAAAGGCAGAGACUGGCGUUUGCUGCAGGCACCAGACACGGAUCUAAGAGGGGAUCCUGUGCAUUGCUUACUGCCCUAUUGCUCACUACACCUUCAUCUUAAGGUUUCUGAGAAUCCCUACACUUCAGGGAUCAUUGCCAGCCGAGACACAGCUCCCAGCAUCAUCGUGGCUUCAGGAAAUAUUGGCUCUGAAUUAUCAGACAGCGACAUCAGCAUGUUUGUCUCUUCAGAUGCAGGGAACACUUGGAGGCAGAUCUUUGAAGAAGAGCACAGUGUUCUGUAUCUGGAUCAAGGUGGCGUGCUGGUUGCUAUGAAGCACACCUCUCUCCCGAUUCGACACCUCUGGUUGAGUUUUGAUGAGGGGAGAUCUUGGAGCAAAUACAGUUUCACAUCUAUUCCACUUUUUGUGGAUGGGGUUCUGGGUGAGCCUGGGGAAGAGACUCUAAUCAUGACAGUGUUCGGGCACUUCAGCCACCGCUCUGAAUGGCAGCUGGUUAAAGUGGACUACAAGUCCAUAUUCGAUAGACGGUGUGCCGAAGAGGACUACAAACCCUGGCAGCUGCACAGCCAGGGGGAAGCCUGCAUCAUGGGAGCAAAAAGGAUAUAUAAGAAACGAAAAUCAGAGCGAAAAUGCAUGCAAGGAAAAUAUGCAGGAGCUAUGGAAUCUGAGCCCUGCGUCUGCACGGAGGCUGAUUUUGACUGUGACUAUGGCUAUGAGCGACACAGCAAUGGUCAGUGCCUGCCAGCAUUUUGGUUCAAUCCAUCCUCUUUGUCAAAGGACUGCAGCGUGGGACAGAGUUACCUCAACAGUACAGGGUAUCGGAAGGUGGUUUCCAACAACUGCACUGAUGGCGUGAGAGAACAGUACACUGCCAAACCCCAGAAGUGCCCAGGAAAGGCACCCCGGGGGCUCCGGAUAGUCACCUCUGAUGGGAAGCUGACUGCGGAACAAGGGCACAAUGUCACACUCAUGGUCCAGCUGGAAGAGGGUGACGUGCAGAGGACACUCAUCCAGGUGGACUUUGGGGAUGGCAUCGCCGUGUCUUACGUCAACCUCAGCUCCAUGGAAGACGGGAUCAAACACGUGUAUCACAAUGUGGGCAUUUUCCGAGUGACCGUGCAGGUGGACAACAGUCUGGGGUCUGACAGCGCCGUCCUGUACUUACAUGUAACUUGUCCCCUGGAGCACGUGCACCUGUCUCUCCCCUUCGUCACCACAAAGAACAAGGAGGUCAACGCCACCGCUGUGCUGUGGCCCAGCCAAGUGGGCACCCUCACUUACGUGUGGUGGUAUGGCAACAACACGGAGCCCUUAAUCACCUUGGAGGGCAGCAUAUCCUUCAAGUUUACUUCUGAAGGGAUGAACACCAUCACAGUGCAGGUGUCAGCUGGGAAUGCUAUCCUGCAGGACACGAAGACAAUCGCGGUGUACGAGGAGUUCCGAUCUCUCCGCCUGUCCUUUUCUCCAAACCUGGACGACUACAACCCUGACAUCCCUGAGUGGAGGAGGGACAUCAGCCGGGUCAUCAAAAAGUCCCUGGUGGAAGCCACGGGGAUUCCAGGCCAGCACAUAUUGGUGGCUGUGCUCCCCGGCCUGCCCACUGCUGCUGAGCUCUUUGUCUUGCCCCAUCAAGAUCCCACAGGAGAAAGCAAAAGGUCGGCUGAGGACCUGGAGCAGAUAUCGGAGCUGCUGAUCCACAAGCUCAACCAAAACUCCGUGCACUUUGAGCUGAAGCCUGGGGUCCAAGUCCUUGUCCAUGCAGCCCACUUAACAGCAGCCCCCUUGGUGGACCUCACUCCGACCCACAGUGGCUCUGCCAUGUUGAUGCUGCUCUCAGUGGUGUUCGUGGGGCUGGCGGUGUUUGUCAUCUACAAGUUCAAGAGGAAGAUCCCGGGGAUUAAUGUUUAUGCCCAGAUGCAGAAUGAGAAAGAACGAGAGAUGGUCAGUCAAGUCAGUCACACUGAAAGCAGGCCUCCUGCCCCUCAGACUGGACUGAGGAGGCCUGGCCAGCUGAUAGAUGAGAAGGUGGAGUCACGGCUCAUAGGAGAGUAGCUUUACCCUCCCCUCCCUCCCCUUCUACUCAACCUGGUGACUCAUCUCUCCGGUUGCAAAGAGCAAGACACGCCACUCCACCUUCAACGCCAAAGCGGGGAUCUGCUGGGGCACAAUUUGCAAUUUAAGGAAAACCCCCAAAGGCUACAGGCGACCUGCUGAUCAGGAAAGAAUUUCGCUCUUGUCAAGUGCAUCAUCCUUCAUGACCACUAACUUUGUUUUUUUUUUUUUUUUUUCUUUCCUUUGUUGUUCUGUUUCCUAUUUUGCCAGGAAGUAUUUCCAUAGUUGCUGAGAAUCAAAGCACAAAAGAAAUCCCUACCUAUGUAAAUGUUUGAAUGGAGGACGCCAGUAAAAA